AAAGCGAAUAGACGACUUGAAAAGUUGUAUUACUCUAAGUGUUAACAAAAGAAUAUACAAACCAAAAUGUAUAGAAAAGCUUUAAUAGUCAGCGUGCUUGUGGCAUUUGUGUGUGUGCAAAUUGCUGAUUCUCUGGUGUGUUACACCUGCGUAACGCCAAAGGACUGCAAGAGUCCCAAGAAAGUCACCUGCACGAAUGCGGCUGCAAACGAGACUAGUUACUACCUAGGUGUCUAUCAUCAGAAUGUUCAGAACCUAACCAGCACGCUAUUCGAUUGCCUGGCUCUGAAGUACAACUGGAACAACGAUGUGAUCCAUCAGCUGCAUGGCUGCGUGCAUCCAAAUGUUGGAGCCUGCAGCUUGGCCCUUAAGCCGGCCUAUGCCCACUACAAUAAGACCCGUUGUCUCACCUGUUCGGGUGACAAGUGCAACAAGAAUCCGGCCGGAAAGAUGAGCAGCAGUACUAUCACCAUAGUGGCCAGCGUUCUGGGUCUCUUGCUGGUCAAGAUCUAUGCCUAGUACGACUAUUAAUAUAGAUGAGCUCGAGGCUAUGCCAUAAUAAAUUAUUUCUUUUUCGUA